AUUCAUAUGAUGCAGCAACAAGCAAAGAAGGUGCCUUCGCCCUUGCUCCUCUUCAUUACCUUUUCUUGUGAGGAUGGUACUGGAAUAGCAGGAACCAGAGGCUUAAGCAAAGAAUCUUGUCCAGUUCUCUUCUUCAAUGAAAUGAGCUUCGGGUCAGUCGGAGCUUCUCCCAGCUCGUUCUAUCCCAUCCCCAAAACCCUCCACGUGCUGCUGCCAAACACGCUCUUGUCCCAGUCUAGAGCACAGGCCCCUGUGCGUCCUCCUCAUCUCGCCAGAAGAAUUGCCGGUGGCGCCUUGUCCACUGCACAGCUUUCUGUGCCUCCUGCACUGCAGAUUCAGUGAGCAAGUAUGGAACUGGUACUCAAAAUUGCAGCUUUAUUUUGCUGAAAUAUUGAAGAGAUACACUGCAUGGUGAGAAAUGGCGGAGUCUGCUCUGCUUCUUGUCAUACAAAAGAUUGGCACAGCCCUGGCAGCAGAAACGUUCAACUUCACUAUACCAUUACUUGCAAGGAAAUCUGCUGCCGUGGCAGCACUGCCAAAUGACAUGAAAAUGAUAAGGAAUCAACUUGAGCUUAUACGCGCGUUUCUUGAGGAUACUGGCAGGAAAGGCUGCACUGAUCGAGUCAUAGAAGCAUGGACAGCGCAAGCACGAAAAUUGGCCUAUGAUAUGGAAGACAUUGUGGAUCAGUUUAUCUAUGUCGUUGGUAAACACAAUGUGCAGGAAGGAUCAUGGUGGUGUUGUAUGAAGAAAAUUGCCAAAAAACCUCAAUCUUUGUUUACAUUAGAUCAGAUUGCUACUGCAAUUGGUGGAAUAAAGCAACAGCUUAGAGAGCUCAAAGAAAAUAAAGACUGGACUCAGCCAAUAGGUGGUGUGCGUAAUGAUAUUCUUGCAACGGAAUAUGACAGUCAUUAUGUUCCUGGACAAGAUUACUCGAUUGCUGAUGAUGAGCUUGUAGGAAUUGAUAAAGAUCGAAAAAUCUGGAUCAAGUCAUUGCUUCUUGAAGGUGGUCCUGGACGGCGGCUCAUUGCUCUGUGGGGUAUGGGAGGAAUUGGAAAAAGCACUCUUGUCAACAAUUUGUACAAAAGUGAGGCAUCCAAGUUUGAUUGCCAUGCAUGGGUUUCUGUGUCCCAGUCAUAUAUACUGGAGGAUAUUUGGAGAAACAUGUUGAGAGGACUCCGUAAAAAUUUCAAGGAAGAAUCUGAUGCUUCUAAUAUGAACAGUACUGUAGAGAAAGUGGAAAAGAUGAGCAGUGAAGAACUGCAGGCUGAAUUGAAGCAAAUCCUGGGGGGAAAGCGGUACUUGAUCGUACUGGAUGAUGUCUGGAGACCUCAACAUCUUCAGGAAAUUCAACAGGUUCUUAUCGAUAAUGGCUUGGGAAGCAGAGCAAUAACCACGACAAGAAGUGAGGAAGUUGCUGAAGUGGCUGAAGUGGCUGAGGCUGGCUGUAAGAUCAAAGUAGAGCCUCUAGAUGCUGAUGAUGCAUGGCGUCUGUUUUGCAGGAAAGCUUUCCCAAGGUUUGAAAACAACAUCUGCCCAACAGAGCUAGUCCAGUGUGGUAAGGACAUUGUGAAUAAAUGUGGCGGUUUGCCGCUAGCGCUAGUGGCAAUAGGGAGCAUAUUGUCCCUUAAAGUGCGCAAUGUUAGAGUGUGGAGGCUAUUCUAUGAGCAGCUUAAUUGGGAGCUGCACAACAAUGAGAACCUAUCCCACGUGGAGAAAAUACUAAACCUCAGCUACAAGUAUCUGCCCAACCAUUUGAAGAGUUGUUUCUUGUAUUGUGCAAUGUUCCCAGAAGACUAUUGGAUCCAGAGAAAAAGAUUGAUUAGAUUGUGGAUCUCAGAAGGGUUUGUUCCACAAGCAGGAGCGUUGUUCUUGGAAGAAGUUGCUGAAGGUUAUCUGGAAGAACUCGUCCAACGAAGCAUGCUUCAUGUUGUAGAGAGGAACUCAUCUGGUAGGCUUCGGCGUGUCCAGAUGCAUGAUAUUGUGCGCGAACUAGCCAUUUCCCAGUCUAAAAAGGAGUGUUUCAGUACAACUUAUGAUGACACUCAUGUGAGAGACCAACAUGUGGGGUUGGAUUCUCGUCGUGUGUCGGUGCUGCGAUGCAAAAAUGGCCUUGGAUCAAGCAUACAUCCAGCAGCCAGGCUUCGCUCCUUGAUAGCAUUUGACAGCACCGUGAGAUCAUCAGCUCCAUUGUUUCCCUCGGAAUCUAAGUACAUUGCUGUGUUGGAAUUAUCAGGCUUGCCUAUUGACACUAUUCCAGAUUCAGUUGGGGAGCUUUUCAAUAUCAAGUAUUUGGGCCUUGAUCGCACCAAUGUGAAGAAACUCCCAAGUUCUGUUACCAAGCUUCACAAUUUAGAGACAUUGAGUAUUCGAGAUGGACAGUGCCUGAGUUUGCCUCGAGGGUCCCAGAGACUCAAGAGACUGCGACACAUACUUAUCUACAAAAUGCUGGAUAAAACAUGGAGUAGGUUUAGAAGUCAUGAAUCUAUGGUGCCAUUUGAGGGCAUGUGGGAUUUGCAGGAGUUGCAAUCUCUGCAUACAGUUGGAGCCAAUAAGGUUUUUGUUGCAAAACUAGGGAAUUUGUCUCAGAUGAGGUUCCUUCUCAUUACUGAGGUGAAGAGCAGUUACUGUCCACAAUUGUGUGACUCUAUAUCAAAGCUACGUCACCUUUCAAGAUUAGAAUUAAGAGCCAGUUACUGUGAGGAAGUGCUACAGCUGGAUAAUUUGACACUGCCAAAGCGUCUCGACAAGCUCACUUUGGUAGGGGGAUUGUCCCAAGGCUUUCUGGAAUCUCCAUUUUUCUCGAAGCAUGGAGAUGAACUUGUUCGACUAGAGCUGUAUUAUUCCCAGCUCGUGGUUGAUCCAACGCCACGCCUCUACAGGUUGGCGAAAUUGAGCCGUAUUGUUCUCCGAAGUGCGUAUAUUGGACAGGCACGACCCGUGGUUGCAAAUGCUUCGGAAAUAUCUAAACUGAGAGACGAGCUCCCUGCAGACUCGACUUGAGGGAGCUAUUGAUAAAGAUUGACGUCAUACCAGAUAAUGUCCUAUCUACCCUUUAUGUAUUAAUAUGUCUUUGUUCAGUUAUCUCAGCAACCGGUGGCUUGUAUAAUAAUGCAUGGGACUGGCAUUGAUGCUGCUAUCCCAUCUUGGUUUAUCCCUGUUUACAUUUGCUGACAUACGUUCAGCCACGUACCGUGUGAUGUAAUAAUUUAGUAAGGCAAAAGUGAUGCGUGCAUUUGAAAUUUUGGCUCCUCCAGGGCCAUGGAAAUUCGGAGUUUCAUAGGGAUAGUUUUAUCUGUCCUGUUAUGUGUUGUUGAUUUUUUCUUAGAUCUGAUUCUGGCUAAUCAAUCAUGAAUCUCGAAUUGUAUCUCGCUGAUGGUGAUAUGUGUUACAGCACAGAACCCAAGCAGGGUUGGGGCAAUGCUAGCUUGCUACAGGGAUACUUUUAUUUUUAGUUCGAGAU